GUGGGAGCGCAGGGGCGGAUGGUGUGGAGCGGCCUGGGUUAUCUCUCCGCCGCGGCCGAGGACGCCGCGGACCUACGCGGUGUACGGUCUCGGUCGCAGAGGGUGGCAGCGAGGACUGCUCGGGACUACGGGACCGUGUACUGAGCGCGCUGCAUGCGCCAGGCGCGAGGUGGGCGAAAGUCAGUGGCGGCCGUUAGUCGAAAAAAGUUGACAACAACCCGAGUGCCCAACAGUAGGGGAUUGAGCUUUCUAAAUUAUUGAUUUAGCUCAACAAUUGUAUAUUGAACGCAUUUCUGUGUGCGACGCUCUGUUUUGGGUCCUUGGGAAACUACAGAGAACCAGACAGACCCCUGUCUCGUAGAGUGGACAUCCUAUUGGGGUGGGGGAGGGAAGUACAGGUAAACAAUGAAUGACAUAGUUGUGUUAGAAGGUGGCAAAUGCUUUGAGAAAAAAAGAGUAGGGAACCUGGAGCCGACACCCAGAGACGGGAACGAGACUGGCCUGCGAAAAAGAGCUAGGAGACCUGCGUGGUCGAGGGGGAUUGAGCACAGAGAGAAUAGCAUGAGUGCGGUCAGCUGUGAGGAGAGCAGCGGUGCAGAUCAGGUAGAGCCUUGCAGGCUGCUGUCACGACUUUGGCCUUACUUUGGGUAAAACGGGAACCACUGCAAGGUUUUGAGUAGAGAAAUUAAGCAGUUUGAGUAGAUUUUAAUAGGUUCACUGGCAGGUGUAGAGAAUAGAUUGAGAAGGGAAGUAAGGGUGGACGUAGAGAUAUUUGUUAUUAAAAACCGCGCAUCCUGCAGCCACUAAAAAGGCGGACUUCAAAGAGGAUGAUGACAGUAACUACAUGGAUCGAUCGCAUUUUGUGGUGUGAUCAGCGUUGGAAAAGAUGCCUGCCCCAGCUACCACAUAUGAAAGAGUAGUUUACAAAAAUCCAUCUGAGUACCACUACAUGAAAGUCUGCCUAGAAUUUCAAGAUCGUGGAGUUGGACUGAAUGCUGCACAGUUUAAACAGCUGCUAAUAUCAGCCCUGAAGGACCUGUUCGGAGAGGUUGAUGCUGCCUUACCCUUGGACGUCCUAACCUAUGAAGAGAAGACCUUGUCAGCCAUCUUGAGAAUAUGUAGCAGUGGUCUUGUCAAAUUGUGGAGUUCUUUGACCCUAUUAGGAUCCUAUAAAGGCAAAAAAUGUGCUUUCAGAGUGAUUCAGGUUUCUCCAUUUCUCCUUGCAUUAUCUGGUAAUAGUAGGGAACUAGUAUUGGAUUGAAUAGCCUUCAAUUUCAGAAACAUUUCUCCGCUCUCAAAAGUAUUUUUUGGUGCCUGCAUGAUGUUUGAAGAUUGAAGCACGCCACAAGCCUCGUUGAUGGAAUUUGAGGGUGCUGAAGAUGUUCCCCAUAAUUGCCAGCCAUCGCCUUUGUUGGGGCGGGCUUCAGAGGAGAGUCUGCCUGAACCAGCCAGUGCUGAACAGGCAGCACUUUCAGCAUAUGCACAUUAGAGUUGGAGACCGGGCUGAACUUAGCAGGGCCUUCACACAGAAGGAUGUGGUUACUUUCUCAGAAUUAACAGGGGAUGUCAAUCCUUUGCAUUUAAGUGAAGAUUUUGCAAAACACACCAAGUUUGGAAAGACAAUUGUACAUGGAGUUUUGAUCAAUGGACUCAUCUCAGCUCUCCUGGGUACUAAAAUGCCGGGACCAGGCUGUGUAUUUCUUUCCCAGGAAAUUAACUUUCCAGCCCCUUUAUAUAUUGGAGAAGUUGUUUUAGCUUCUGCAGAAGUGAAAAAGCUGAAGCGGUUCAUUGCUAUUAUUGCAGUGUCAUGUUCUGUAAUAGAAAGUAAAAAGACUGUUAUGGAAGGCUGGGUUAAAGUUAUGGUCCCAGAAAUUCCCAAAUCCUGAGAUACGUGUUCAAAGAUUCAAGUUCAAACACCA